CUACGUGAUCAAGCAAUGGGAAACUGGAAAAGGGCAGUAAGGGCAAAAUCAGCUUCACCUGUCUUGUGGGAGCAUGCGCUUGAGUAUUUUCUGUCGACCAAUGGCGUUGUAUGAGGCUGCCUGGCGGAAGAAGUGUCCGUAUCCGGCGGGAGUUGUGGAGCUGGGAAGCCGGUGGUCGCCGCCGCUGCUCUCGUGAUCAUGGCAGACGAAGAGGAGGACCCGCCUUUUGAAGAAGAUACUGAAGAAGCUGGAGGAGGACCAGAUGGUGGACAGGGCAAAAGGAAGAGGCUGUUUUCCAAAGAAUUGAGAUGUAUGAUGUAUGGAUUUGGAGAUGACCAGAACCCUUAUACAGAAUCAGUUGAUAUUCUUGAAGACCUAGUCAUAGAAUUCAUCACAGAAAUGACUCACAAAGCAAUGUCUAUUGGACGGCAAGGUCGAGUACAGGUUGAAGAUAUUGUCUUCUUGAUCCGUAAAGAUCCACGGAAGUUUGCUCGUGUAAAAGACUUGUUAACAAUGAAUGAAGAACUGAAACGGGCAAGGAAGGCAUUUGAUGAAGCAAACUAUGGUUCUUGAGGCCUUUUGAAAUGCAGAUGAUGAUGCAGUGCUGCCCUGUGGUUACUUUCAGAGUCUGUGAGUGAUGGGAAGCAUAUUGGUAUGCAUAGCUCUAGGGUAAAGAGAAAACUCUUUUAGGAAAGUCAAGUUUUGAUUUCUGUAGAAUUUGCUUGAGAUAAUUUUUUGACAGGGAAUUCUGUUUUUGUUUGUAUUUUUCUUCAGUGGCAUAUAUUAAAAUGUACUCAAUGGCCCUAAUGUAUUUCCUAUUGUAAGUUAUAACCUUAAGGUUUUUUAAUUCACAAAUUUAAGAGUUCUGUUCUCUGGGUUUGUAUUAUUUGGCUGUUUCAUCUUUUUUCCCUGUUUAGUUUCUUAGCAGCUGUCAAGAGGUUCUAGUUCUCCCUUCAAUCCACCCCAACAAUGAUCCCCUUCUAUGCCAAGAAACCUGCUAUUAAGGUUUCAGUACUGUUAAUCUAUACCCUGUUUUGCUGAACUAUGUUGUAACGAACAAGUUCCUUGUAUGCUUAAUAUUUGUAUUUGUUUUUAUGAGGAGCUUGAUUUUCAAUAAAAAUGGGAGCAAUUCAUAAUUGCUCCAUUUGUUUGAA